AUGUAUGUGUUGGCUGUCUAUACCGAGAUCAUUGAGCGGACAGAAGAUAAUUAUGUGGGACUCGAGAGACCGAUAGUCAUCGCUUACUAUAGGUUUGCAUCAAAAAGCACAUCCAAAAUGACAACCUAUUGGCGAAACCGAAUGCAAAUCAUUUCCAAUGACCACAAAGACCUCAUAUUUGCCGUUUCAGACGCGGAUCAGUUCAACCAUCAACUCAUUGAAUAUGGCUUUCACUUCAAUUGCAAGAAUCGUCUUGAAUCUGAUGCCAUUGUAGUCGCCGAAGACGCCAAUGAAGUCCAAUAUGUGUUGGAUACCAAACUGGACACCAAUUCUUUGUCAAAAUUAAUCAACAAAUUCAAAGAUCAAGAGUUGAAUCCACACAUAAUCGGCAUAUGGCCGGGCACUCGCCGGGGAACUCCGUCCGAUCAGAUCAUUAUCAUAGGCGCUCAUUACGAUACGGUUCGCUCGUCACCGGGAGUCGACGAUAACGGUUCCGGUUCAGCGGCGGUGCUCGAGAUGGCCAAACUCAUCGCCCAAAACAAUUGCAAAUUAGAUAAGACUAUUAUAUUUGUUCUCUUCGAUAUGGAGGAAGACGGUUUGAAAGGAAGCAAGUAUUUCGUGAAAGACUAUCUGAUUCCCGUCGAAGUGAUCCAAAACGGAGCCAAAGUGAUUGCAGUGAUCGUUAUGGACAUGAUUUUAGAGCACGACUCCACGAGAAACAGUCAGUCGUUGGGAAUAAUUGCUAAUGUUCUGCCGGAGUGGUCGGCAAAAGUGAAGCAAAAUGGAUAUCGGGGUGACUUUGCGGCUGUUUGGGCCCGAAAGGGGAUCGACACUAAACUGUAUGAGAAACUUGAGAAGAAUUGGGUGAACAAAGACAAGUACGGACUGUCUCUGAUGGCACCGGCAUUGCCUGAAUUGGGCUCUGAAGUGGACUCUUCGGAUAAAUUCCGGAAAUACGAGACAUUCAUGCGUUCAGAUCACGCCUCCUUCUGGUACCCCACACAACGUUAUAUGACAUUCCCGGCCAUACUUAUCACCGAUUUGGGCCCCUGGAGGAAGAAUAUGAGACAUAGCUAUCAUCGAUCCACUGAUGACACCAGAAAUCUCAGUGAAGAGAACCUGAUGUUUGUUAAGAAUACUAUCGAUAGUGUAUUAAACACUAUAUUAGACUACAGUAAAGGGAAAUGCCAUAAAUGA